AUGGAGGAUCCAGCUCCGACCACCAACACCAACCACCUUAAAUCAUGGGACUCAGUCCUCAAAACCUUCUUCCAAGAAACAGGUCUCAUCCAAGCUCUACGCGGUUUCGAACUCGACAUGCUUGUCCUGAACCCUGCCUGGGAACGAGAAACCAUGCCUGGUGCUCUGGAGAGGCUUAUUGAGAAUAUCAAGCAUUCACCUGAACCAGAACCAGAUACACUGGACGACCGCAAGGCAACGUAUACAGACGACCUACCACCGCCGAGCACCGUCACGAAAUCCAUCCCACAGUACCUGAGCCGCAACCGCGCUCGAAACGACGCAUCUAAUCGCGCAGAGUUUCUUUGUCCCACAUCCGAAACGUCCUGUGCCAGGACAGAUGCUAAAACGUUGGACCGUGACUCGCAGAUGAAAUACGAUAUAGCUAAAAACGAUGACGGGCCGCUGCGGAGAACGACGAAGAAGGGGAAAGAGGAAAAGGGAAAGCAAAAGACUGACGAGGAGAGUCCGGCUAUCUUUGAGCGAAUUGCAAACGUUGAGUCUCAUCUAGCGGUGCAUUACGUACCUUCUCCUCCGGCAAACCUACUAGCAAGAAUAAAAUUUCUCGAGGAACACAUCAUUCGGCUGGAGAAGGAAUACCCGCCAUGGGCUGCCCUUCAUUUCAAUCAGCUAAGGCGAAACUGGCCACCUCCACCGCCUUCCACGCCAAUUAUCGUACCACAUCACUUGCGGACUCACGAACAAGGAGCAUCUACCACGCCGCAGGCUGCAGGUGGGGCUAAAGGCAAGUCGAGUCUUACCCGAGCUGUUAUGGAGAGACUCGAGGUGGAGAAAGCGAUGAAGGAUCUUGAAAGUAAGAAAGCAGGAUAACAUUAAUAAGCUAGAAUAAUGAUAAUUCGGGAGCCUAGCAGGCUGUUAGUGUGAAAUGGUAACAGACUCGGGGAAAG